AUGAAGCUCGCAAACGCAUCUUUAGCGCUCUUGCUCAGUCAGCUGUCAGCCGCCUACUUGUGUGAUGGCACGAAAUUUACUGUCAACUGGGUGGUAGGCAGCUCUGGCAAUCCCUCGGAGUACAUGACGCAGGAAACAGGCAUCAGUGAAUAUGCAGUUGAAACACUCGGCCCUUGGUAUAUGCUCAAAUUCAAGACUAAGGAUGGUACAAGUGGAAUGGGGAAAUCUUACACUUUCUGGACCGCGGACGGUGACUCUAGAAGCAACAUGAUUCUCGUUGAUGGUUGGCACAACGAGAUGUACUCUUCCACAAGUCCCAACAUCAAGCAAGUUAAAUGUACAGAUUAG